CGGCUCUGCGGGGAGGGAGCGAGCGCCUGGGGCGGCGUGCACCCCGAGGCAGGGGCGCGGGGUCCGAGUGGCCGUCCCCGGGCACACCCCUCUUGCAGGCCAGGAGAAGAAACUGAGGCCUGGAGUUGGAGUAAUUCCUUCAAGGUGACCGCAUUGAUAGAAGGACAAGGACAGAAUCACCAGCACUGGCUGAAGGUACCUUAACAUGGGGAAUCUUCUUAAAGUUUUGACAUGCACAGACCUUGAGCAGGGGCCAAAUUUUUUCCUUGAUUUUGAAAAUGCCCAGCCCACAGAGUCUGAAAAGGAAAUAUAUAAUCAGGUGAAUGUAGUAUUAAAAGAUGCAGAAGGCAUCUUGGAGGACUUGCAGUCAUACAGAGGAGCUGGCCACGAAAUACGAGAGGCAAUCCAGCAUCCAGCAGAUGAGAAGUUGCAAGAAAAGGCGUGGGGUGCAGUUGUGCCACUAGUAGGCAAAUUAAAGAAAUUUUAUGAAUUUUCUCAGAGGCUAGAAGCAGCAUUAAGAGGCCUUCUGGGAGCCUUGACUAGUACGCCGUACUCCCCCACCCAGCAUCUAGAGCGAGAGCAGGCUCUUGCUAAACAGUUUGCAGAGAUUCUUCACUUCACACUCCGGUUUGAUGAACUCAAGAUGACAAAUCCUGCCAUACAGAAUGACUUCAGCUACUAUAGAAGAACGUUGAGUCGAAUGAGAAUUAAUAAUGUCCCGGCAGAAGGAGAAAAUGAAGUAAAUAAUGAAUUGGCAAAUCGAAUGUCUUUGUUUUAUGCUGAGGCCACUCCAAUGCUGAAAACCUUAAGUGAUGCAACAACAAAAUUUGUGUCAGAGAAUAAAAAUUUACCAAUAGAAAAUACCACAGAUUGUUUAAGCACCAUGGCAAGUGUAUGCAGAGUCAUGCUGGAGACACCGGAAUACAGAAGCAGAUUUACCAAUGAAGAGACAGUAUCAUUCUGCUUGAGGGUAAUGGUGGGUGUCAUAAUACUCUAUGACCACGUCCAUCCAGUGGGAGCAUUUGCCAAAACUUCCAAAAUUGAUAUGAAAGGUUGUAUCAAAGUUCUUAAAGACCAACCUCCUAAUAGUGUAGAAGGUCUUCUCAAUGCUCUCAGGUACACAACGAAACAUUUGAAUGAUGAGACUACCUCCAAGCAGAUUAGGUCCAUGCUGCAGUGAGAGCUGUGGAGCGAGCCCUGCUGCAGAUGGAGCAGUCUUCUUCAGUGACUGAGAAUGCAGUCUCUAGUGAUUGCCAUUAAAUCUCCUCACUCUUGCUUCGGUUUCUUUCCUCUGUUCCUCUUCCCACUUUUUUAAUCAUGUUCUUGUUCUUAAGACUUCUUUUCUGUGCCAAAAUCAGUAAAGUUAUACUUUGAAAGGGAUUUUUGUCCUUUCAAAACAGGCCAUCUAAGGCAGCUAAUUAUGCAUUGCAUUGAGGUCUCUACUGAGAAAAGUUCUGUGACUUGAACUAAAUAUUUUUAAAUGUGGAUUUUUUUUGAAAACUAAUAUUUAAUAUUGCUUCUCCUGCAUGGCAAAACUGCCUAUUCUGCUAUUUAAAACCCUCAUGAAUUUAUUUUCUACUGCCGCUUUUUCAUGUUCAGCCAAAAUGUUUAAAUUAACUGUGUUGUACAAAUGGUACCCAACACAAACCUUUUUUAAAUUAGUAAGACUUUUGUUGAAAGUUUUAAGUUUGCAUUUUGACUUUUUUUUUUGUAAGGAUGUAUGUUGUGUGUUUAACCUUUAUUAACUAACGUUAAAAACUGUGAUGUGUGCGUAGAACAUUACGUAUGCAUGUUCAUGUUUAAGAAUGGCUGUUGAUAAAAUAAAAAUCAGCUUCCUUUUUCUAAGUGUGGCUUGAUUUACUGAGAUUUCUGGAAGUUCUCCCUGUAUAUAUUUCUGUGGAAUGCAUAGACACAUUACAUAAUUUUUCUUUCUUUUAGGGGAUAGCUAUGUCUUUUUCAGUUGUAUCUUUCUUUACUUUUGCCUAUGUACAUAACUUUAACUGCUUUUAAAACUGUUGUAUAUAAGAGGACCAGUGAUUGUGUCAUUAACUUGACUUCUGUUUUGAUUCAAUCUUGUGUGCGUGUAGUCGUAGAAGGAAAACCACAGUUUCUCAGCUCUCAGUUUCAGGAGUGGAAGGGCAGCAGCAGGAAGCACAGGGUGUUUCAGAAGCAGGAUGAGCCUUGGCAUUGGAGGACAGUGAGCAAUAAGAAUACUUCCCAGAGGAAACGAAAGACUCCAUCUCACUAGUGCUAGAAAGCUACUGUGGGUUUCAGUUUAAAACCCUAACACCUGAGUUGUCAAAGCUAUCGUGCUUCAGAGAGAGGCUGCCAGAAGGUUGUCUGAUUGUCCUGUCAGGGCUUUCUGACAAGGUGAUGUGAGGUGUGGUACAGUUAAAGUGGUUGACCAUGGAAGAGGAUCACAGGCUUCCCUUGGGGUCUCCAUCAGAGCACACAGCACUUGGUGGUAAAGUUCCUGUUGACUUCUCUGGCUUCCGGCUCACUCCUGUCCCUCUUCGUACCCUGUUCUCCAGCCAAGCGUAACUACUUGCUGUUUACAGAUUGUUCCAUGUGGUGUUGCUUCGUGACUCUGGUCUGGCACAACCUGAAUCUGAUCUCCUUUUCUUCCUCAUGACUGUCUAACCAACACCAGCUUUCAUCUUUUAGAAGUCAGCUUCGAUUACUUUCUCCUGAAAAUCCUUUGGAUGAUCCUGGCCAUGUUUUCUAGGAGUCCUUUAACAGUAUUAUAAUGGGUUUAAUAGUGCACUUUGCAACAGGUAAUGUCUGCCUGGAACCUGAACAUAUGGCUUUAUUUGGAAGAAGGGCAUUUUCAGGUAAAUGUAAGGACCUGUGGAUGAUGUCAGCCUACAUUAAGGUAGACCCUAACUCCAUUGACAAGCCCUUGUAAGAGAAAAGAAGAGGAAACAAGACACAGUGGAAAUCCAGGGAAGAGAGAGACAAAGUCGAACAGACAUCAUGCCUUGAAAUUCUGAGCUACAGAAGCUAGAAGAACAUCAUGGAACAGUUUUCAUCAGAGCCUCCAGGAGGAACCCAACCCUGUUGGCUGUUUUUAUUUCAGACUUCUAUCUUCUAUCAUGGUGAAAAAAUAAAUUUCUGUUGUAAGCCA